CAGGCUCGGUCCGCGCGUGGUCUCGCUCGAUUUCGGGGGCGCGGAUCAGACGGCGGGGAGCGAAUCCGGGGCCCAGUUCCCGCACCUGCCUCCCUCACCCUCCACUCCACCCUCCUCCACUCCAUCCACCUCUCCCUCCCCUGCGCCGCUGUUGAUCUCGGAGCAACAAAAAAAAAAGAACAAGGGGAAGAAAUCUCCUCCCCCGUGCUGUUGCCGUCUGUUUGGCCUCGACCGCGGACCGCCCGCUACCAUCCAAAAGGCGGCGGCAGGCUGCUCUGCCCACUCGGUGCCGUUGUCGUCGCCCCAGCCAGCGGGAUCUUGCUGCUCCACCGCCGCCUGCCGCUGUUUUCCUCCAUUCAGCUCGCGCCUGCUCCAGAUAUCUGACCCGGGAGGCGGCGGCGGCAGGCAGGCAGGGAGCCAACCCGGGAGAAGAAGGCCAGGGAAGAUCUCCGACCCUUUCUUUCUUGGGUCCAUCCGGGGGGGCCGCGGGGCAAUCACCAUUGUUUCCUGCUGUCGCCUUUUGAUCUGGCGUGGACACCCUUGCCCGGCAAUGAGUGUUCAUCACUUGAGCUCAUAUCAUCGUCAGAGGCAGGCAGCAGUAAGCAGAUUCCGCUGUUGCUGAGCAUUGUCGUCGUGGGCGUGGCAGGCCAGUUCGCGUGGAGACGGGGAGGGAACAUCUGGUGUGCGUUUGCUAACCGGGGGGCGGCCGGCGGGUGGAGGCGACCAGGCGAGGACUGCUCUGCGGCGGCAAAGGGUUUCAAAAUGCUGGCGUGCAUCGCCUGCUCGGCCAAGGACGGCGGGGAUCAGGACGGCUCCCGCGCCGCCACGCCCCACGGAAGGGACGCCGGCAAGUCCCUCACCUCCCAGCUCAAGGACAUGGUGCUCAAGUUCUCCGGCUCCGGCAGGCAGUACAAGGCCGCGGCGGCGAGCCCGUCGUUCCGGGGCAACCGCUUCCACCGCAACAGCCGCCUGGCCGCGUACACGGGCGUCAUUGACGACUCGGGCUUCACGUCGGACGGGGCCACCGAGGGCUACGGCUACAUGAGGACGACGACGCACGCGACCGGCGCCACCGCGGGAACCAAGGUCGGCCGUGGCUUCCCGCAGCACGUCAGGAGCCCGAGCGCGAGCUGGAUACCGAGCAUCGGGGAGGAGGACGAUGAGGAGGAUGAAGAGGUUGUCGUCGUUGAAGAGGACCGCGUGCCGCGGGAGUGGACGGCCCAGGUGGAGCCCGGCGUCCAGAUCACCUUCGUCUCCACCGCCGGCGGCGCUGGCAACGACAUAAAGCGAAUCCGCUUCAGCCGCGACAUGUUCAACAAGUGGGAGGCGCAGCGGUGGUGGGGAGAGAACUACGACCGCGUGGUGGAGCUCUACAACGUGCAGACGUUCAGCCGGCAGCAGGGCGUCUCGACGCCGACGUCCUCCAUCGACGAUGCCACGCAGAGAGACUCGUCGUUCUACUCCCGCGCCGGCUCGACGAGGGACAGCCCGGUGAUCCUGCCGCCGACAGCCGUGGGCAGGGAGCAGCCGAUCGCCCGCGCCACCUCGUGCAGGGCCACGGCCGCGGCGGCUUCCACGGCCCGAGCCGCGUGCAACCCAUCGUCCAGUGCGGUGCCGGACCCGUCGGACCACGUGUGGGCGCACCACUUCAACCUGCUCAACUCCGCGCCGGCGCCGGCACCGGCCGCUCCGCACCUCGACCCGUCGCGCGCUACCACGUCGUCCCUGGACGAGGCGUCCGUGUCCGUGAGCAACGCGAGCGACCUGGAGGCCACGGAGUGGGUGGAGCAGGACGAGCCCGGCGUGUCCAUCACCAUCCGCGAGUUCGGCGAUGGCACCCGCGAGCUCCGCCGCGUCCGCUUCAGCCGGGAGAGGUUCGGCGAGGAGAGGGCCAAGGUGUGGUGGGACCAGAACAGGAACCGAAUACACGCGCAGUACCUGUGACGUCGGACUCGGAGCUAGCUGUUGGGUGUGCAGUACACGCGUUGGAUGGAAGCCAAGCCACCAAUCCAUGGACAAUAGUAGCGUAGGGCUGAGUCAGUGAUACUAUUGCGACUACUGUCUACUAGUGCUAGUUUUUACAGGGUGAACAGAGGUGAAAGAGGUCCACGGAAUGGAGCCUGUGUAAAACAUGUUUGCUACUACUACUGAUCUGGGUUUGUGUGUUGAUGACCAAUGUAUUUUUUUUCUUGAUGAACUAAUACUGUUUUGUGUUGAUCGCCUCAGAUGAACAGUGCUCACAUUUUCUAA